CCUGCUUGCUUUUACUUGUCCAGAGACCCGAAACUGAAGAAGAAAGCCAUAGAAUCAGACACGAAUUCUCGCGGAGCGUAGAGAAGCAAACGCCGGCUUCAUCGGUCACACGGAGAAGAAAGCCAUUAGCUAAAAUGCACUCGUUUGGGUACAGAGCAAACGCCUUGCUCACGUUCGCAGUGACUAUUCUGGCGUUUAUGUGCGCAAUUGCCUCCCUCUCCGACAACCUUAAUUCUCCCUCUCCCUCUGCUGAAAUCCAGAUAUUGAACGUUAAUUGGUUUCAAAAGCAGCCGCAUGGAAACGAUGAGGUCAGCCUAACAUUGAAUAUAACAGCUGACUUGCAGUCGUUGUUUACGUGGAACACGAAGCAGCUUUUCAUAUUUGUCGCAGCUGAGUAUGAAACUCCAAAGAAUUCCAUGAACCAGGUCUCCCUUUGGGAUGCUAUAAUACCUGCAAAAGAGCAUGCGCAGUUCUGGAUUCAAACUUCAAAUAAGUACCGGUUUGUUGAUCAGGGACACAAUCUUCGCGGCAAAGAAUUCAAUUUGACGUUGCAUUGGCACGUAAUGCCCAAGACUGGGAAGAUGUUUGCUGACAAAUUGUCUUGCCCGGCUACCGAU